AUGUGUGGCUUGCAUAGCGUCUCUUCUACUAUUCAGGGUGUUGAUCUUUUGACAUGGUGUAAACUGUUGGGUAAAAGAUAUGGAAACAUUGUCUUUGUUACAUUAUGGAUAGUUUGGUGUGCGAGAAAUGACUUCAUUUUCAACAAGCACCGUGAAAGCACUUACACUAGCGUAUCAAAAAUUCACUCUAUAGUUAAUGCUAGCUCUGAUGCUUUUAGUUUAAUGCCAGCAGUCUCGACGUCUACUAUGACUCAGCAACGAGUGUCGUGGUCUCGACCAGCAGAAGGUUUUGUAUGCCUUAAUGUGGAUGGGAGUUUAUUGGGUUCGACUAAUGUUGCAGGAUAUGGUGGACUGUUACGGAACAGAGAUGACGAGUAUAUUUGGGGUUUCUACGGGUCUGCUACGAUGCAGAAUAUUCUUUUUGCCGAGAUUAUAGCGAUAUGGUACGGUUUGAAGCUGUGUUGGGAACGUGAUUUCCGUAAGGUGCUUUGCUGCUCCGAUUCAUUACUCUCUGUUAAUUUAAUUAAGGAAGGGGUUACAGCACAUCAUCGUUUAGCGAAUGAGAUUUGUUGUAUUCGAAAGCUGCUAGCUAAUGAUUGGGAGGUGAUUCUUACUCAUACUCUUCGUGAGGGAAAUGCGUGUGCUGAUGUGUUGGCUAAAUUAGGUGCUAACUCUGACUCGCCAUUGGUGAAUGUUCCUACUCCUCCCAGAGAUCUAGUUAAGCCACUCUGA